GCAGUCUCUGGUCAUCUCCUGUACUGUGUCCGCAGUCUCUGGUCAUCUCCUGUACUGUGUCCGCAGUCUCUGGUCAUCUCCUGUACUGUGUCCGCAGUCUCUGGUCAUCUCCUGUACUGUGUCCGCAGUCUCUGGUCAUCUCCUGUACUUGUGUCCGCAGUCUCUGGUCAUCUCCUGUACUGUGUCUGCAGUCCAUUGGUUCAGAAUAUUUUUUUUUCUUGUUUUUCGCCUCUAAAACCUAGGUGCGUCUUAUGGUCAGGUGCGUCUUAUGGAGCAAAAAAUACGGUACUUUUAUCUUCUCUGCUGUAUGAAGAUAUGCAGUGAA